AUUAUGAUAAUACGCAUUCAAUCAAGUUAAGCACACAUUGCACCCUUCAACAGGAAAGGGCCCGUGAAAAAUUGUUUAAGUUUUACGAGAAUGCUGACAUGUUUUACAGAAAUAUGAAAAGUUAGAGGAAAUUGACGCCGGAGUGAAAGUUUUAAGCAUACCGGAAAAAUUUAUUUGGCUCUGCAGGUUGAACAAGUGCUCCGACAAUUAUAAGUAACGAAGUGGCAGACGAAAUUCAACGAACUCGCAGGUGCACACAAAAUGGCGGACCGGUGACAACUUUUUAACAACUUUCGGUCGGAAAUUUCCGAAGGGAAUUUUGCCUUCUUGAGUGCAAGGGAGUGAGAAAUGUGGAAAAUGACACCCAGAAGGAGCCCGUCCGCCUCAAUGGGAAUAUACACAGAAGUCUGGGCGUCGCCGAGGUGGAUAUUCGUGGCGUUUUUCCUGCUGAGUUUUGCAACAGGCUCAGUGAACGCAGCAUCCAACUGUACAGUGGACUGUCCAACAGACUGCAUGGUCGACUGUCCCAUAGACUGCACAGCAGACUGCGCCACAAACUGUUCAGCUGGUUACUUCUUCGACAGCACAACGAGUGCUUGUGCCCAGUGCAACCCUGGAUAUUACUGUGAAGGUGGAUCCAACUCGGCCGUUGCUUGUUCAAGUGGGACUGAAAAUCCAAACAGUGGAUCGUCUUCGAGUUCAGACUGCACGCCCUGCACCAGUGGCAGUUUCAGCUUGGGCAGUGCCAGUUCCUGUACUGUGUGCCCAAGUGGGUCUGCCUGCACAGCAAACGGGGUGUUAACAGCAUGCGUAGCACCCCAGUAUUCUCUGGAAGGAGAAUCAAGCUGCAGCAGCUGCCCGGCUAACUCCUACUGCCCAAAUGCGAAUGAAGGACCAAAGAGUUGCAGCGGCGGUUUCAUUCCGGACUCGGCCCAAACUGGGUGUGAUAACUGCCUGGCGGGAACCUACUCCGAUUCUGGGGACCAGACCUGCUCAAACUGCUCCGCUGGGUACUACAGCCUGGCUGGAGCGGCAGACUGCACGCCUUGCCCUACAGGUAAUGUGCAUGUUGCUUUGCAAGGAGGAAGGGAGGGGCUAUACAGGAAGAAAAAGGGGGGAAGUCUAAGGCUAUGUACCUAUACGAGCACGGACGGCCAGUCGUCAUGUACUCCAUGCCAAGAGGGGUACUUCUGCUCCCCGACCAGUCAAACAGCCUGCGACCCCGGCGAGUACAGCGGGGCCAAUUCCACAAUCUGCGUCAAAUGCCCCGAGGGUUUUCAAUGCGCCGGGGGCACGGCCCCGUCACGCUGUCUGGCGGGAACGUAUGCUGUCCUGGGAAGUUCAACUUGUCAGGCUUGCGGUCUGGGUCAUUAUUGUCCCGCGGAUGAGAGCGGGGUACAGCUGCCCUGCGCUCUGGGGGAUUUCGCCAACGAUACGGGCCUCACAGAGUGCUACCCCUGCCAGGCCGGAUACAGCUGCUCAGCGACCCAGGAGACGCCGUGUGGGUCAGGAACAUACAGCAACGCCCAGGCGACGAGCUGUCUGGGCUGUCCUGGCGGUUAUUCAUGCGCUGGUACCUCAGCCCCACAAUUGUGCCUGGCUGGAUUGUAUGCCUGGAAUAGUAGUAGUGUAUGCACUCCUUGUGAGGUUGGCUUUUACUGUGAGACGCCUGCAACUGUUGAACCGACACAGUGCCCCGAAGGUUCUUUCUCAAAUUCUACCGGGGCCGAUGCAUGCACUCAGUGCAGCGCUGGUUACUACUGCACAUCCACUACCCAGACGCCGUGCGAUGCCGGCACCUACAGUAACGCAGGAGCAACGAGUUGUUUGUCAUGUCCCGGUGGUCACACUUGCGCUGGUACUUCGUCACCACAGCUGUGCCUCCCGGGAACCUACUCCUACAACGGCAGCAGCGCCUGCGAGCCUUGUGAGGUUGGCUUUUACUGCGAGACGCCCGGAACCUACGAACCAGUACAGUGUCCUGAAGGGUUCCUCUCCAAUUCCACUGGUGCUGUUACCUGCACGCAAUGCAGCCAAGGCUACUACUGCACCCGCACAACCCAAACACCCUGCGAUGCUGGAUCCUACAGCUACGCCGGGGCAACUUCAUGCUUGCUUUGUGAUGGCGGGUACGAGUGCUCCGGGACUGACCCGCCUCAGAAAUGCACCGCCGGUACCUACUCCCGUAACGGAAGCAGCACUUGCGAACCUUGCGAACAGGGCUUCUAUUGUCCCGUGGACGGUCUGAUCGAACCUACGGCGUGCCCCGAGGGCUACUACCAAGCCAAUACAAAUCAGCAAUCCUGCUCGCCAUGCACUGCGGGUUACUACUGUACCUCCACCGCACAGACUGCCUGCAACCCAGGCUACUACAGUCUGGCCGAGGCCACCUCCUGCGACCCUUGCCCGGCUGGCUUCUCCUGCGCCGGGGGCGCUUCGCCCGUCGAGUGCAUGGCCGGUACCUACGCCACCGUCGGCAGCGACUCUUGUGAUCCCUGCGGCAUCGGAUACUUCUGCCCGUUCGACGGGACCUCGCAGAUGAUAAACUGUUCCGCAGGCACCUACGCAAACGAGACCGGUUCCAGCGCAUGCCAAGAUUGCGAGGCGGGCUACCGGUGCCCCAGCCCCCACCUGACCCCGGUCAUCUGUCCGAGGGGUCACUACAGCGAGGCGGCGUGGACGGAGUGCCGGGCAUGCGUAGACGGCGAGUACGCGGACAGCCAAGGUUCGACACAGUGCAGUGCCUGUCCCUCGGGAUCCAAAUGUAGCACCACGUCAGCUUCACCGCAGGUCUGCCCACCGGGAAAGUACAGCACUGGUGCGGCCAAGUACUGCACGGACUGUCCCGAGGGGAGUUAUGCCAGUAGCUCCAACUCUUCAUCCUGUGAGCUGUGCCCGGCUGGAUAUGCGUGUCUGGACCCAAGCUCAAGUCCGACUGAGUGCAACAGCGGGGAGUAUUCACUAGGCAACACCACAAUGUGCACGCUGUGCCCUGCGGGCUUCAACUGCUCGUCCACAUCGUCCUCGCCAAUGCAGUGUCUCGCCAGAUUCUACGCUCCGGAAGGGGACACGAGCUGUCACAGUUGCAGCACAGGAUUCUACUGCCCUGUAGAUGGACUGUCUGCACAGAUCAGUUGUGAAGAAGGCACGUUCUCCAACGAAACUGAAGCCAUUAGCUGCACGGUCUGCCCGGCGGGCUCCGAGUGUUUCAGCCGAUCCGCGACGCCCGUCCCCUGCAAUGCUGGCUUCUACUCCCUGGGUGGAAACUCCAGCUGCACGGAGUGCCCUGCAGGACACAAGUGUCCGACGACAGACCAACAGCCCAUCACAUGCAACUCGGGCGAGUACUCUGCAGCGGGUAGUCAAUCCUGCGACCCAUGCCCCAGGGGACACUACUGCCCUGACCCCCCACCGGCCGCCCCGACCAGCUGCCCCUCCGGGUGGUACGCUGACACGGAAGGGCGGACCAACUGUACGGAGUGCCUUAAGGGUUCUGCUUGCCCCGAUGCGACAGCAGCAUCAUCUCAAUGUCCCCCCGGGUACUACUCCGACAUCGACGGAGCCAGCAACUGCACAGCUUGUCCUGAUGGUUACUACACGACAGACAGUGGAUCCACCAGCUGCACCAUAUGUCCAGCCAACAGCAAGUGUGCCGUCAAGAGCGAAAGCCCCGUGGCUUGCUCGGGAGGAUUUUAUGCUCCAGAGGGCUCUACCGUGUGUUACAGCUGCCCGGCUGGUACGGCCUGCGGUGGAGACUCGGACCCUGGACUCUGUCUGAUUGGCCAGUACUCCAACGGCACCCACUGCGUAUCCUGCCCCCUGGGCUACUACUGCCCGUCCCCCAUAGGCACCCCUCAGCUCUGCACCGGGGGAUCCUACCAGGACCAGGAGGGCCAGGCCCGCUGCCUGCCCUGCCCGGCCGGCAGGUCCUGCCUGUCCCAGGCCGACUCGCCAGUCACCUGCGACGCCGGGUUCUACAGUCUGGUCGGCCAACAGGUUUGCACGGAAUGCCCAACUGGUCUGUGGAGUAGCGCCGGUGCCUCGUCCUGUAGUCUGUGCCCUGCCGGCCAGACCUGCCUGAAUGGAUCUCUCUCCAUUGCUCCUGUGGACUGCGAGGCUGGGUACUAUGCAUCCAGGGGCGACGGCGUCUGCUCAACUUGCCCCCUUGGAACAUACAGUGCGGCUAAAGCUGAGGUUUGCACGGCCUGCCCGGCUGGCAGCGUCUGUACCAAUCCCAGCGCAAGCCCCGUCCCGUGUGACACAGGAACCUGGAGCAGCAUUGGAGAGGCUGUUGCAUGCGAAGACUGUCCAGCCGGCUACUACUGCAGCGAUGCCUCCCAGCCUCCCCGGGUCUGUCCCUUUGGUAGUUACUCCGUGGCCAGGCAGGACUCGUGUGAGUCCUGCCCUGCCGGUCAGUCCUGCCUGAACCCUGGCGAGACACCGCAGAACUGUGAUGACGGAACCUACAGCCCGCAGAGCAAUGCAAUCUGCUUCCAGUGCCCUGCGGGUUACUCCUGCACCAACUCCACCACAGCGGCCUGCUCGGACGGCCAGUACAGCCUGGUGGGCAAAUCCCAGUGCCACGACUGCCCCGCGGGCUCAGCCUGCCCAUUCAAGACCCAGUCUCCUGUGGUCUGCUCGGACGGCCAGCACACCGAUGGCUUAGAAGCCCAGAUGGCAUGCAAGGACUGCCUUGCCGGGGAGUACUGCUCCGACCGUUUCGUUGCCCCCCAGCCUUGCGCGGCCGGUACCUACAGCUUUGCUAAGGCCACGGCCUGCACUAACUGCCCCAGCGGCUACAAGUGCCCAAACACCAACCAGGCUCCCACGGUGUGUCUGCCGGGCUACUACUCCACUGGGCGGACCAUCAACUGCACGGCCUGCCUGGCUGGGUACGCGUGCCCCUCCCAGACGGACCCCACUGCAAACUUUGAAUGUCUCCCAGGUACCUACUCGCUGGGCGCACAGUCUUCCUGCACGGCCUGCAACCCGGGCAAGUUCUGCCCGGACACCAACUCGGACGCCAACAACGGCGACUGCACCGCUGGCUACUACUCCUUAACUGCAUUUGCUCGUUGCACCAGCUGCCCCAGCGGCUGGAAGUGCCCAUCGACGGAUGGCAGCGGCAAUGUUCCCUGCAUAGCAGGGACGUACUCUUCGGGAAAUGCCACCGUCUGCACGGAUUGCGCAGCAGGAAAGGAGUGCCCAAGAACAGACAGCGACAGUCAGGUGCCUUGCAGUGCUGGGUACUACUCUGACGGCAUGCAGGAGUCCUGUGUAGCCUGUCCCCCAGGCUACGAGUGCCCCGAUGAAACCGACUCCACCAUGAACGCCCAGUGCCAGGCUGGGUACUACUCCAUUGGCGCCCAGCGCGACUGCACCCAGUGCUCGGCGGGGUUCGCCUGCCCCUCCAUCUACAGCAGCUUCGCCAUCACCUGCUACGCUGGCUCCUACGCCCUGGCCGGCUCCACGAGUUGCACAGAGUGUCCAGCAGGCCAAUUCUGUAACGACACCAUGACCUCCCCAGGGAACUGCGCCGCCGGCUACUACAGUUUAGGUGGCCAGGUAGCCUGCACUCCAUGCCCGGCGGGCUACUACUGCCCCCAGCCAGACAGCGGGCCAAUCAUCUGCGCUGCAGGCACCUACACCAACCAGUCCAUGGUGGAGUGCGUGGACUGCGAUCCAGGCUAUGCCUGCCCCGAGGGCAGCCAGAGCCGCAACCCGACUGAUGGAAUCUGCCCGCAAGGUUAUUAUUGUGAAGACGGCCAGACGAUCUCGCCGUGUCCAGCAGGCACAUUUGGCAACAUGUCCGGGGCAGCGUCGGCUGGUGAAGGCUGUGGCACAUGCCCACCUGGCUACUUCUGCCCAGCUGAUCCCGUGGUAGGCACGCCGGGCGUUGAGUAUCAGUGCCCUCGCGGCUACUACUGCCUGGAAGGCACCACCUACGCGACGCAGUACGGCUGCGACGAAGGCACGUACGGCGUCAAGCUGAUGGCCGACAAGCCGGAGGAUUGCUACGACUGCCCGGCUGGAAGAUACUGUCCUCUGGGCUCCAGCGAUCCCCGCGUGUGCCCCAAGGGCCACUACUGCCCCACGAAGACCCAGAACUACGUAGACUUCCCCUGCCCUGCCGGACGCUUCACCGAAGAGACCGGGGCCUCGGCCGUUGAGUCCUGCAAGACCUGCCCUGAGGGCUACUACUGCACAGAGGGGACCGACACGCCCUCCCCCUGCCCCCAGGGCACCUUCCUCUCCAUGACAGGCCAGGACGAGGAGACGGACUGCAAGGCUUGCACCGCCGGGUUUGCUUGCACCCAGCUGGGACUGACGGAGCCUGAUACUCCUUGCUACCCAGGUUAUUACUGUCCUGCUGGAUCAGACUCGCCCAACGAUGCGGACAACGCUUGCCCGGCCGGCACCUAUACUGACUAUCACAACCUGACGGACGCCUUCCAGUGCGACACCUGCACUGAACAGUUUGCAUGCUUGAUUGGAACCGGAGGUCAAAACCAGCCCCCGAAGCUCUGCGCCCAGGGUCACUACUGCCCGGCCGGCACCCAGAACCCCAGCCAGUACCCCUGCGCGGCGGGGUCCUGGACCAACCAGACCAACCUGGCUGCCCAGGAGGAGUGCUACGAGUGCCCCAGGGGUUGGUACUGCCUGGAAGGGUCCACCGAGCCCACGGACCUGUGUGCCACUGGUCAUUACUGCCCUGCAGGCACACAGACAGCCGAGCAGUUCCCGUGCCACGCGGGAUCCUACUCCAACGUCCAGGGUAACAUAAGAUGGGAGCAGUGCGUGGAUUGCACCGAGGGCCACUAUUGUCCGGAAGGAUCCUCACUGCCCACGGCUUGCCCUGCUGGGACGUACAGAGAUGAAUUGGAGGGUCAGGCAGAGAGUGACUGCGGAGACUGCACAGCUGGAUACUACUGUGCCGGCACGGGGAACACGGAACCCGUGGAGUGCACCAAAAGCAACUACUCGGAUACCGGCGCAGCAGCAUGCACCACCUGCGAGGCCGGCUACUACUGCGACAGCGCCACCACCAGCCGGGACGACAUGUACAGCAACAAGAUCUGCCCGGCCGGCAUGACCUGCGACUACGGCCGUUCUACGGCGCCGGACCUGCAGAACGAUUACUGCAGGACGGGUCACUAUUGCCUCAGUGGUGACAGGGACCCCUUCCCGCGCCCCUGCCCCAACGGAACCUUCAGCGAUGAGAUAGGCCUGGUCCAGGAGUCACAGUGCCAGAUCUGCCCGGCCGGUAAAUGGUGCUCCCCUCCUGGUCUGAGUGCCCCUGCCGACGAUUGUCCAGGGGGUUACUACUGCCCUGAGGGCACGGCGGACCCCUACGCUAACCCCUGCGCCGUGGGGUACUACCUCAACGCCAGUGCCGGGGAGGACUCGCAGGGCUGCACCCCUUGCAUCUCGGGCUACUACUGCGACGAGAAAGGCCUCGCCUGGCCCAAAGAAUGCACCCAGGGCUACUUCUGCGUGUCCGGCAGCACCUUCCCCCAGCCCUGCCCGGCCGGCACCUACGGCAACUCCACCGGCCUGCGGCGCAGCGAAGACUGCUCGCCGUGCCCCGGCGGCUGGUAUUGUGACGGCUUUGCUAACACGGAACCCACGGAUGUCUGCGACCCGGGAUUCUACUGCAAAGAGAAGGCCUACACUUCGGCCCCAGUUGAUGGAGUGACCGGUGGCCUGUGUCCGCCUGGUGGCUACUGUCCGGCCGGCUCGGCCUGGCCGGCCAACUGCCCACUGGGCACCUACAGUAACUCGUCUGGUUCCAAGGCACCCGAUGACUGUAUCGCCUGCGAUCCAGGGUAUUACUGUGCUGGUGACAACAACCCGGAGCCCACAGGACCCUGCAAACCGGGCUACUACUGCACAGGAGGGGCCGGUACCCCGAUUCAAUUCGAGGUCCCAGCGGGCCACUACAGCGACUCAGGGGCCUACAAGCCCGAACCUUGCCCACGGGGGCAGUUCCAAACGGCCAACGCGUCGUCGGCCUGCGCACCCUGCGCCCAGGGCUACUACUGCCUCAACUUUGGCACCAUUAUCCCUGCUACCUGCACAGCUGCCAAUGCAUCGUCAGCCUGCGCACCUUGCGCCCAGGGCUACUACUGCGUCAACUUUGGCACCAUUAUCCCUGCUACCUGCACAGCUGCCAAUGCAUCGUCGGCCUGCGCACCCUGCGCCCAGGGCUACUACUGCCUCAACUUUGGCACCAUUAUCCCUUCCACCUGUGCAGCUGCCAAUGCAUCGUCAGCCUGCGCACCCUGCGCCCAGGGCUACUACUGCCUCAACUUUGGCACCAUUAUCCCUGCUACCUGCACAGCUGGCCACUACUGCAUACAGGAGACGGUAGUACCUACUCCAUGCCCAUUGGGAACCAUAAGGUUUGAGCCAGGUGGCCAGAGCUUGGAAUCAGCUUGUCUUGAUUGCUCUCCCGGCUCCUACUGCAACAACACCGGCCUGCUGGAUGUGUCUGGACCCUGCGCGGCGGGCCACUACUGCACCGGCGGGACCAUCACGCCCUACCCCAUGGGCAACGACACAGACAACGGCAACAUCUGUCCCAAGGGCUACUACUGCCCGCCCGGCACUGCCAACCCGUACCUCACCCCUUGCUUUAAUGGAACGUUCGGGAACAUCACAGGACUGACUGCGCAGGAGGACUGCCUGGACUGUUUGCCGGGGGAGGUGUGCUCGGGGCUGGGCCUGACCCAACCCAACGACCUCUGUGCACCUGGCUACUACUGCACAGGCAAGGCCAAGACCAAAUUUCCGACGGACGGCGAGACGGGCAACAUCUGCCCUGAUGGAUUCUACUGCCCAGCUGGCUCCCCGGCGCCCAAACGCUGCGAGGGUGGCUACUACACCAACAUCACGGGCCAGGCCAGCUGCUUUGACUGCCCUGCAGGCUACUACUGCCCCGACGGCUAUCGCCUCCUAGAGUGCCCGAGGGGUGACUACUGCCCUCAAAACACCGGCGGCAACGAGUCCAUCCCCUGCCCCCGUGGGUUCUACAACCCGGACCUGGGCCUGGCUAGGGAGAGCCAGUGCCUGCCUUGCCAGGCCGGCUACUACUGCCGAGGCCUAGGCAUCUGGCAGUUCAACGCUGAGACGGCCAUGAACAACACGGCCGGACCCUGCGAUCCGGGAUACUAUUGCUUAUCAGGUGUGGACCUCCCCAACCCAGAGAACGAGACCGCUCUAGGCAUCGGCGGCCCCUGCCCCAAGGGCUUCUGGUGCCCCCAGGAGAACUCGGUGCCUAACCCAUGCCUGCCGGGCACCUACUCGGACCAGCUGUACCUGACCAUGGUCUCCGAGUGCAAAGACUGCGACCUGGGCAUGUACUGCAGCACCGAGAACCUUACCGCGCCGGAGGGGGUGUGCUCGCCUGGGUUCUACUGCCUGAAUGGCUCUGCCACGCCUACCCCCACUGGCAGUGACAACACCGGCGGCCCGUGCCCCACCAGGCACUACUGCGACGGUAUCUCACCGGUCCCUGUGGAGUGCCCAGAGGGGACUUGGAACAACUUAGAGCAGCAGGCUUCCUGCUUCGAGUGUAAGGCAGGCUACUACUGCCCCAAGGGGGUGGCCAGCUACAUCUCUUACCCCUGCCCUGCCGGUCACUACUGCCCCAACGGCACCCAAUUUGACAACCAGUACCCCUGUCCCAAGGGCACCUACCGCACCAACACACAAGGGAUGAGCUUGUCGGAUUGCACCCCUUGCGAUCUGGGCAAGUAUUGCGAGAUCGAGGGGGGCACCACGUACACCAAUAGUUGUGACCCAGGUUACUUCUGCAUCCGGGGUGCCUGGACCGCCCACCCGGACGACUUCAGUAACUACACGGACGGCGACUGCCUCUGCCCCAGCAUCUCCACCGGAGGGCGCUGUCAGCCCGGCUACUACUGCCCUCGGGGGUCCAGCGAGCCACAGGAAUGCGCGGAGGGCAACUUCUGCGGGACUGAUGGUCUUGAUGACGUUUCCGGUGCCUGCUUGGCUGGCUACUUCUGUGACGUGACAGCCUCCAGACCAGACCCCACCGAUGGGGUCACUGGCAACGUUUGCCCCGCCGGCCGCUACUGUGAAUCUGGAACAGGUGCCAAUCCACCCAGCUGCCCAACCGGCACUUUCUCCAAUGCUACGGGAUUAAAGGCGCAGUACGAGUGUGACAACUGCACUGCUGGUUACUACUGCGAGACGCCAGGACUGACCAAGCCAACCGGACCCUGCCAAGAAGGUUACUAUUGCCCCAUCGGCCAGGACAUCAUGAAUCCGUACCCCUGCGAUCCUGGCUAUUACUGUGAGGAGGGCUCCCCCGAUCAGGUGGAGUGCCCGUCAGGGACGUACCAGGACGAGACUGCGCAGGGAUCCUGCAAACUCUGCAAUGCAGGCUACUACUGUGAUGUAGCCAAUGCCCCAAUCAGUGAUUACACCUUGUACCCCUGCCACAUGGGUUUCUUCUGCCCCAACGGCACCGAGCGCGCCAACCAGUAUGGCUGCGCCCUGGGGACGUACAGCGACGUGUCCAUGCUGGAGCGACAGGACCAGUGCUACGACUGCCCGGCCGGCAAGUACUGCGACGAGGUUGGACAGACAAGCUACAAAGGUGACUGUGAUGCUGGGUUUUGGUGCAUCGGUGCUUCUGCCUCAGCUACUCCCAACGAUGGGGUCACCGGUGUGGAGUGUCCUAAGGGGCAUUAUUGUGAAGCAGGAGUGCCAGCUCCCGAGGAUUGUCCGAUCGGUACCAUGUCCGACAGCACAGGCCUGCGGGCCAUCAGUGAAUGCCAGCCAUGUGCUGGAGGCAGCUACUGCAACGGCACGGGGCUGACGCAGCCAAGCGGACCUUGCGAUCCGGGCUAUUUCUGUGUGACCAAUGCCACCACGCCCACCCCCGAGGACGGGGGAGUGACCGGUGACCCCUGCACGGCAGGUUUCUACUGCCCUGGCGAAACCACCUCCCCGAUACCCUGCGAGGCGGGCACUUACACCACCACCACGCACCGCAGCGAGUGCGACGAGUGUCCCGAGGGCUUCUACUGCACCACGGGCUACGAACCCGACCCGUGCCCUCACGGUUUCUACUGUCCAAAUGGCACCGGAUACGACUGGCGCCCGUGCCCGACCGGUUCCUACAGCAACCAGAUCGGCCUGAAGGAAGAGUCGGAGUGCACGCUGUGCGACCCCUCCAAGUACUGCGCGUACAUCAACGCUACCAUGGUGACGGGAGACUGCGCGGCCGGGUACUUCUGCACGGAGGGUUCCGACACCGCCACGCCCGAGGUCUCGUACAAAGGUGUCGCCGGAGUCUGCCCAGAGGGUUCCUACUGCGAUACAGGCACAGACACGCCCACGCCAUGCCCCCGGGGAACAUUCGGGAACAAGACCAAGCUAGAAGCUGAGAGCGAAUGCACCCAGUGUCUGUAUGGCAUGUUCUGCGACAACGAGGGCCUGACCUGGCCGGCUGGCGAGUGCGACCCCGGCUUCUACUGCCUGAGGGGUUCCCUGGACGCCAACAACCCGACGGAAGACGCCACGGGAGGACCCUGCCCUACCGGCCACUACUGCCCCAUGGGUACCUCCUUCCCCUUGGGCUGCCUGGCGGGGACCUACAACCCUCUGCAGGGCCAGUACGAGUGUGUUGAAUGCGAGGCAAGUUUCUGGUGUCCAGCCAACUCCACGGCCGCCGACCAGCCCUGCCCCAGGGGUCACUAUUGCCCCAACGGCACGGAGUACGCCACCCAGUACCCCUGCCCCAAGGGCUACUACAACGACUUUGAGCAGAAGUCAGAACUGGAAGAUUGCAAGCCAUGUGAACCGGGUUAUUACUGUGCCAGCCCCGGCAGGGAAGCCGUCACUGACCAGUGCGCCCCGGGCUGGUACUGCAUCCGCGGCGCCUGGUCCGCCAUGCCCACCGACUACGGCUACGAUAACAUCAGCACCAACUGCUUCUGCCCCGGUAACUCCACCGGCGGGCAGUGCCAAACGGGCGAGUUCUGCCCCUUGGGAUCCAACUACCCAACGCCGUGCACCAGGGGUUACUAUUGUGACUCGGCCGGCCAGAGCAACGAGACCGACCUCUGCGACGAGGGCUACUACUGCAUAGAGGGCGCUUGGCGACCUGACCCCACCGAUGGGCUCACCGGCAACAGUUGCCCCAUGGGCCACUACUGCCCUCGGGGGACCUACGACCCCGUACCUUGCCCAGCCGGCUACUUCAGUAACGCCACGGCUGCCACCGCCUUCGAGGAUUGCAAGCUCUGCUCUCCAGGCUUCUACUGUGAAGACAGCGGCCUGGAUGCACCCACUGCGCCCUGCGAGGCCGGCUUCUACUGCCCCGAGGGCCAGAAUGUCAGCCGGCCGGCCCUGUACGAGUGCUCCCCGGGCCACUACUGCCCGGCCCAGAGCACCAACGAGGUGGCCUGCGAGUCCGGAACCUACCAGGACGAAUGGGGAAUGGCAUCCUGCAAACUCUGCCCCGAGGGCUACUACUGCGACGGCACCCUCCAGUCGGACGCCCAGUGCUCCCACGGUGUCCAGAACCCGGAGCCCUGCCCGACGGGGCACUACUGCCCCAACGGCACCAAGUAUGACACAGAGUACCGCUGCCCCAGUGGCACCUUCAAUGCCGGGACCAAGCUCAAGUCGGCUGGGGAAUGCACGCCUUGCCCCGGCGGGGAGUACUGCGAGACGGAAGGGCUCGACACCCCCACCGGUCUCUGCCAAGCUGGGUACUAUUGUAUCCGCGGAGCGAUUAUCAAAACUCCAGAAGAUGGCGUGACAGGCGACAUUUGUCCGGUCGGGGCGUACUGUCCCACAGGAACAAACCGGACCUACGACUGUCCACCAGGGACGUACAACCCGACUGAAGGUCGCGAGUCAGUCCUUCAGUGCACUGGCUGCGAGCCCGGGGAGUACUGCCCAGAGUACGGCAUGAAUCAGACCGCUGGUGAUUGCACGGAGGGAUUCUACUGCAGCGGCAACGCAUCGGUGGCCGCGCCUACCGACGGCGUCACAGGUGACGUUUGCCCCAUCGGUCACUACUGCCCGGCGGGGACCAGCGUUCCCAUCCCAUGUGACCCAGGCACCUUCACCGACACCCAACAGAACGCAGUCUGCGACCCUUGCACGCCGGGACACUACUGCACCAUGGGAACCAACCCACAGGAUUGUCCGGCCGGGUUCUUCUGCCCGGAGGGCACCGGCCAUGUCUGGGAGCCCUGCCCGCUGGGCACGUUCAGCGAUCAGACUGGAUUGUCCAAUGACACCCAGUGCACACAGUGCACCAUGGGUAACUACUGCGACCAGCUCAAUGCCACCUCAGUGUCAGGGCUCUGCGAUGCAGGCCAUUACUGCCGUCUGGGCUCGGACGCACGCACGCCCUCGGAGCUGUCGCGAGGUGAUGCCGGCAUCUGCCCAGCGGGCUACUACUGUGGACAAGGCACUGGCGAUCCUGAUGCCUGCCCGCCAUCUACCUUCAACAACGAGACGGGACGGGUGUCCCUGGAACAAUGCCAGGACUGUCUGGAAGGUCACUACUGCGACGUUCCUGGCCUGGCCUACCCGGCCGGUGAGUGCGAGCCUGGCUACUACUGCAAGCUGGGCUCUAACUCCUCCAACCCCAGCACCACCACGGCAUCGGGCGGACCCUGCCCCGCGGGCUCCUUCUGCAUCCAGGGCAGCAGCGAUCACACGCUGUGCCUGCCCGGUUACUAUAACCCCGUGGAUAAACAGAGCGAGUGCCUGGACUGCCCGGCUGGUUACUACUGCACUGAUGGUAGUGUUACCUAUGAAGACUGCCCUAAAGGCCACUUCUGUCCCAACAACACCCAGUUUGCCGCCCAGUUCCCCUGCAACAACGGCACCUUCAAUAACAACACCCGUGGGGAGAGCGUGGACGCCUGCGAGCUGUGCCCGCCGGGCAUGUACUGCCCUGACCGGGGCAUGGAGGUCCCCCAGGGGGAGUGCGCCGAGGGCUGGUACUGUACCCUGGGUGCUUGGAAGAGCAAGCCCACCACUUUAGGCAACGACACUGAUACCUCCUGCCACUGCCCAGCACAGUCCACCGGCGGCAUGUGCAUAGCCGGCGAGUACUGCCCCCUGGGCUCCCCAGCCCCCAUACCCUGCGACCCAGGCUCCUACUGCCGCUAUGACGAGCUAGCCACGGUCAGCGGGCUUUGCAAUGCCGGCUACUACUGCACAGGGAGUACCAUCCUGCCCAGGCCAGUCAACGAGACGACGGGAGACAUCUGUCCGCAGGGUCAUUACUGUUCGGAGGGGAGCAGCAGCCCAGAACCCUGCCCGCCAGGUUCCUUCUCGGAUCGCUUCGCCAACCAGAACCUGACGGACUGCCUGCCCUGCACGGCCGGCAUGUACUGCAGCGGCUGGGGCCGGGUCCUGCCCAACGACGACUGCGACGAGGGCUGGUUCUGCUGGGAGAACUCCACCGUGCCGCAGCCCCCAGGCGCCCAGUGCCUGGCGGGCCAUCGCUGCCCCCGGGGUAGCCCCGACCAGACGGCUUGCCUGUCGGGCACCUAUCAGCCAUCGGUGGGACAAGGGGAGUGCCUGGUCUGCCCCUCAGGUUCGUAUUGCGACCAAGACGAAGCCAUAGCUGAGGAGCAGAGCGGAGUUGGAGCGCCCUCACAUGGCGUCGUCACACCCAAAGUCUGCCCGGCAGGUUUCUACUGUCCAGAAGGAACCGAGACGGACCAACAGCACCCCUGCCCUGUGGGCACGUUCAGUAACAUCACGGGCCUGGAGAACCAGACCCAGUGUCGACUCUGCACAGAAGGCUACUACUGCGAGGCUACCAACCAGAUCGCCCCCACGGGCCUCUGUGCAGCCGGCUACUACUGCGUCCUAGGCGCCGUGACCUUGACCCCUGAACCUGCCAACGCCACGGGCGGCCCCUGCCCGGCGGGUACCUACUGCGAGUCUGGCUACUCCUGGUACGAGUACUGCCCUAAGGGGACCUUCGGUGGCAUGGACAAGCUGACCCAGAUCGGAGACUGCACGGACUGUCUGCUGGGAGAGUACUGCUCGGAGGUGGGGCUGACUGAACCCAACGGCGGAUGCUCACCAGGAUACUACUGCACGGGCGCGGCCGAGAAACCCAACCCUAUCGGCGAAGCCUACGGCGACAUCUGUCCAGUCGGUCACUACUGCCCGUCCAACACCUCGGUCCCCUACCCCUGCCCCGCGGGAACCUACCAGCCUGCUCAGCAGAUGACCAAUGAGAGCGCUUGCCUGCCCUGCGCGCCGGGGAUGUUCUGCAACCAGACGGGAGCUGAGAACAUGGCAGGUGAAUGUGACCCUGGCUACUACUGUGUGGGCGGGGCAUCUUCCCCCGCCCCCGUCGAUGGAGUCACAGGAGACAUCUGUCCGCCGGGAUCCUUCUGCGUCAUGGGUUCCUCCUACCACCAGUUCUGUCCCAACGGAACCUACGUCAAUUACUCCAUGGCCAAUGCUUGCGAGGACUGCCCAGAAGGUCACUACUGCGUCCGUCGCAUCAGCGCCGACCCCUGCCCUCCAGGCUACUAUUGCCCUCCUAAGACCGGAGCAGAUCUCCAGCUGUGCCCGGCUGGUACAUACAACCCCGACUACGGCAUCUACCGAGAGGACCAGUGCACCCAGUGCGACCCUGGCAAGUACUGCCAGUACCCCGGGAGAGAUAACGUCACCGGCGACUGCGCAGCUGGCUACUUUUGCCAGCUAGGAGUAAACACCGACCAGCCAUCCGGUGCACACACGGGCGAGGGCGGUAUUUGCCCCAUCGGCUCCUACUGCCCCGUGGGCACUGCCGUGCCACUGGGGUGCCCGGCCGGGUACUACACCAACGUGGAGCAACAGUCGGAGUGCACCGAGUGCAAGAAGGGAUACUACUGCACUGAGAACGCAACCACAUAUGAGGAUAGCAUCUGCCCAUCUGGUUAUUACUGCCCGCCGGGCACGAGGUACAGCUACGAGUUCCCCUGCCCCAAGGGUAGCUACAACCCAGUCAACGGCAGCGACGGGCCUGAGGACUGCCUGUCCUGCCCUCGGGGAGAAUACUGCGAAUAUGACGGCAUGGACACAACCAGUGGUUAUUGCAGCGCUGGCUGGUACUGCACCGGCGGGUCAUACAUGGAUAUGCCACUGCCAACGGCUAACGCUACCAACCUGUCUGAGUGCACCUGCCCACUGGCUAACUACACCGGUGGGGAAUGCUGGCCCGGAACCUAUUGCCCAGUUGGCACCGGUUACCCGGAACCCUGCACCGAGGGCAAGUACUGCAGGGAGUGGGGCCUGGAACAGCCAAACGGAAACUGUGACGCAGGCUACUACUGUGAUGGCGGCAUUGCCAGACCAGACCCACCCCACCGUCUCUGCCCAACAGGAGCUUACUGCGAAGAGGGUUCCGUCACGGAAACGCCGUGCCCGGCUGGAACAUUCUCAAACACUACAGGUAACAUCAACGUGACCUACUGUCUGUCCUGCACCCCCGGCAUGUACUGCGCCGGCACGGGUAAUAUUGCCCCCACGGCCGACUGUGACCCGGGCUACUACUGCCCAGGCGGACAGGACACCGCGACCCCUGUAGAGUACAACUGCACCGUGGGUCACUACUGCGCCGGCGGGAAUCCCGCACCGGAACCCUGCGUAUCUGGGAAGUACCAGGACGAGGAGGGGUCAUCGGAAUGCAAGCCCUGCCCAGCUGAAUACUACUGUGAUGCCACCGAAGCUGCCGUUUCCCUCGGCGUUUUCAGUUCCGGCGUCGUCGUUCCAACCGAGUGCCCGCCGGGCUCGUAUUGUCCCGAGAGCACCGAGGGCGCCAGACAGUACCUGUGCCCGGCAGGCUACUUCAGCAACGUCACCCGCCUGGAGAACGUGGGCCAGUGCCAGCCGUGUCCUGGGGGAACCUACUGUGAUGGGGAAGGUCUCACCGUGUUUGCCGAUGUGUGCGACGCCGGCUACGUCUGCGUGUCUGCCUCCAACACCUCCCGCCCCACGGACGGAGUGACCGGCUACGAGUGCCAGCCGGGCUACUACUGCCCCAAGGGCAGUGACCAGGGAAUCAAGUGUCCCGAGGGUACCUUCAGUGACCACUACGGCCUGGAGAAUGUAACGGAGUGUGAGCCCUGCACGCCGGGACAGUACUGCCAAACACAGGGUCUGACGGCACCCACUGGCAACUGCACCGCCGGCCACUACUGCACCCUGCGUGCCGUAGACCCCAACCCCUCAGGGGAGAACUACGGUGACGUCUGCCCGGCCGGCUUCUACUGCCCAGAGAGGACCGAGGACCCGGUCCCGUGUCCCGUGGGGACCUUCAACCACCUCACUCAGCGGCCGGCCUUGGAAGACUGUCUGAACUGCACGGAAGGGAAGUACUGCGACAAGCUGGGCCAGACCAAUUAUACAGAUGAAUGUGAUCCUGGCUUCUAUUGUAUUAGCGGAGCAUCAAGCGCGACACCGACAGACGGCGUGACUGGCGACACAUGUCCGGCUGGCUCCUACUGCGAACAGGGAAGCUCUAUUCCCCAACCCUGUGACGAUGGUACCUACAUGAACCACACCCAAGCCGAGGCCUGCGACAUCUGCCCCGCCCGCUACUACUGUGUCAACAAGGACCGCGCCGACCCCUGCCCCUUGGGCAGCUACUGCCCCACGGGGCGGGGCUUCGACUACGAGAAGUGCCCCAUCGGCACCUACGGCCCCGUCACCAUGCUGGCCACGGCCGCCGAGUGCACCCAGUGCGACGGCGGCAAGUACUGCGACAGGACCGGCGCCGAUAGCGUCGCGGGCGAAUGCGCUCCGGGCUACUACUGCGAGAUUGGCGUGGAUACCCCCUACCCCAAUAACAACAAUACGGGCGUCGGCGGGCCCUGUCCAGAAGGGACCUACUGUCCUGGUAGCAACCCAGCACCUCUAGGCUGCGAGGCGGGGACGUACAAUGACCUGACCACUCAGGCGGAGUGCCAACCCUGCGAGGCGCGGUACUACUGCCCGGCCAACUCGACAACCUACUUAUACACGCCCUGCUGGAAGGGUUACUACUGCCCCGAGAGCACCACGCACGCCACUGAGUUUGCCUGUCCCCAGGGGACAUACAACAACCGCACCAUGGCUGACGACGCAUUUGACUGCCUACCAUGCCUUGGUGGCUGGUACUGUGAGGGUGAAGACAAUGAAGUGCCCACAGACCGAUGCGACCCCGGCUGGUACUGCAGUGGUGGGGCCUACUCCAAGAGACCUACCCCCUACGAUAACACCACUGGCGACUUCUCGGUCAGUGAGUGCCCCAUCUACACGCUGAAUAACACCGGGGAUAUCUGCCCGCCUGGAACAUACUGCCCUGAAGGCUCCCAGUCCCCCAUCCCCUGCCCCAAGGGCAAGUACUGCGAGGGGUACGCCAAUGAGAUCUACGACGGGGACUGCACCGCCGGCUUCUUCUGUAACGGCAGCGCAUCAGUCAGGGACCCAGUGGCUUGCAGUAAGGGACACUACUGCCCUGAGGGAACGGAUGUGGAGGAACCCUGCGAGCCGGGCACUUACUCCGAUCGCGAGCAGAACACCAACAUGACAGACUGCCUGUCCUGCACGGCCGGCAUGUACUGCGAGGAGUGGGGGUUGGAGACCCCCACGGCCCAGUGCUCCCGCGGCUACUACUGCCCCGGCGGUCAGGAGACGGCCAAGCCUGCUGGACUGGCCUGCAGUCCCGGUCACUUCUGUGAGGUCGGGAGCCAUAACGAGACGGGCUGCCCCAGCGGAUGGUACCAGCAGCACUGGGCGCGGUACGACUGUAACCUGUGCCCCAAGGGUGCCUUCUGUAGAGCGUAUGGCGACUACGAGUUCCUGGAUGCCGAGAACACCACCGACAGCGGCAACUUCUCGGGCCGCUACCGCAGCUAUCGUGGCGUGUCGGAUCCAGAGAUCUGCCCAGCUGGCUCCUACUGCCCGGCAGGCACCAAGCAUGAGAAAGAGUACCUGUGCCCUGAGGGAACCUACAGCAACAGGACGGGACUACACAACUACACUCAGUGCACGCCCUGCGAUCCUGGCAUGUACUGCCCUGGCGAAGGCAACGUUCAACCCUACCAGCCCUGCACAGCUGGCUACUUCUGCACCGAGGGGGCCGCCACCUCCACCCCCAACAACGGUACAACAGGCGACAUCUGCCCCGCCGGCAAGUACUGCCCUGAGGGCAGCAUAGCCGGGGAGAACUGCCCCAAGGGAUCCUUCAGUAAUCAGUUGGAGCUGCGGGAGGCCGCGCAGUGCCAGAACUGCACUGGGGGUUACUUCUGCGACAGGACUGGGCUGACCAAGGAAUCUGGCGAUUGCUGGGCAGGUCACUUCUGCUCAGGUUCCUCCGAGGAGCCGGGACCCGACAGCAAGCCCUACGGUGAUCUCUGCUGGGCAGGGCAUUACUGUCCUAACGGCACUGCCUACCCAGAGGCCUGUCCACCGGGGACGUACCUCGAUGUGGUUGGUCAGGGAGACGUCAGCGAUUGUAUCCAGUGUAGACCAGGCUACUAUUGCGACCAGCCCGGCCAGACAAACGUGACCGGCGAGUGCGACGCUGGCUUUUUCUGCACCAGCGGGGCCGACAACAGCGCCCCCACAGACGGCGUCACAGGUGAUAGAUGCUGGAUCGGCCACUACUGCGAGUCCGGUUCCUCCCACCCGACCCCCUGCACCAACGGCACGUUCUACAAUCAGACCGGGGCCGAGGAGUGCGACAUCUGCCCCGCCGGCUACCAGUGCAUACACGGUGAUACGGCCGACCCCUGCCCCCAGGGUUACUACUGCCCCACGGGGACGGGCUACGACACCCGGCUGUGCCCGACGGGUUUCUUUGGGAACCGUACGGGUCUGCAGCGCGAGGACGAAUGCACACCAUGCACAGGUGGUCACUACUGCGCCACCCCUGGUCAAGCCGACGAGGACGGCCAGUGCGACCCCGGUCACUACUGCGAGCUGGGCUCGGACACUGCUACCCCGACGGACAGUGACGGUCACAAGGGCGUGGGAGGGGUGUGCCCGGCAGGCAGCUACUGCCCUAGGGGAACCAUCACCCCACUGGAGUGUGGCGCAGGUACCUUCACUGCAUCGCCAGGUCAAAGUUCAUGUGCCACCUGCACGGCUGGUUACUAUUGCCCCGCCAACACCAGCGACCCCACCGUGUACCCCUGCCCGGCAGGCUACUACUGCCCUCCAGGCACUAGCUACGUGACUCAGCACCCCUGCCCCGAGGGCACCUACAACUCCCUCCCCAUCCAGCAGAAUAGUUCCUCCUGUGAACUCUGCCCUCCGGGCAUGUACUGUGAAGGGGAAGGGUUGGACAUUCCCACUGGCAACUGCAGCGAGGGGUGGUUCUGCACCGGAGGGGCUGUCACGUCCAAGCCUCUGCCCGUUGGCAAUGCCACAGUGAUCUCAGACUGCACCUGUCCCGCCGUCAACUACACUGGCAACAAGUGCUAUCCGGGGACAUACUGCCCGUCUGGUUCCCCGGCUCCCAUCGACUGUACUCCAGGCUGGUACUGUGAUGAUUACGAACUAGCAGCACCCAAAGCUCUGUGUAAUGCAGGAUACUUCUGCCCCGGCGGUAACGACGGUCCAGAGCCCCCCAGCAUGGAAUGCCCGGCCGGCUACUACUGCGAGCAAGGCAGCGGCAACCCGGAGGCCUGCCCCAACGGAACCUACUCCAACACUACCAAGAACACCGAGAUCAGUAACUGCCUGUCAUGCACACCAGGCUUCUACUGUGCCGGGGAACAUCUGUCCCAGCCCUCCGGACCCUGCACCGAGGGCUACUACUGCCCCGGUGGCCAGAUCACCAGAGAGCCGCUGGAGUAUGUCUGCUGGCAGGGCUUCCGAUGCCCGCCGGGCUCACCUCUACCUGAGCUCUGCCCGAGAGGCACGUACCAAUCCCAGGAAGGUCAAGGGUCAUGUGACGUCUGCCCCAAGGGCGCCUACUGCGACCCCUACGAGCUCCUCAAUGUCACGGGGGUCAUCGUCCCUCCGGAUUGCAUCCCCGGUCACUACUGUCCAAACGGGACCGAGUACGCCCAGCAGAACAAGUGCCUGAUUGGGACCUACUCCAACAAGACAGCCCUGGCCAGAGAAGACCAAUGUGACGAGUGUGACUUUGGUUGGUACUGCGGCACGGAGGGCCUGACUGCUCCCACAGCCAAGUGCCAGGCGGGUUACUAUUGCCAGCGAGGAGCCGAGGAACCAGACCCGAUGGACGGCGUCACCGGCGACAUUUGCCCCAUGGGGAAAUUCUGUGUGGAGGGAUCAGUAACAGGUGAGGAUUGUCCCAUCGGCAGUUACGGUAACGACACCGGUCUGUGUACUGCCGACGAGUGCCCGCUGUGUGACCCGGGCUGGUUCUGCCCAACCACCGGCCUGACCACCCCCGGCCAGCCUUGCUAUGCCGGCUUCUACUGCGUGCUGGGUGCCACGUCAGGCAACCCCGACGGCGAAUCCUACGGCUACAAGUGCCCCGAGGGACACUACUGCCCGACCGGUACCCCUGUACCGGUGCCUUGCCUGGCUGGAACUUACAACCCUGACACAGGCAAGGAUGAGGAGAGUGAUUGCGUGGCCUGCGAUGGCGGCUAUUACUGCCAGUAUGACGGCCAAUCCAACGUGACCAACCAGUGCUAUGAAGGCUACUACUGCGCCGGCAAUGCUAGCAUCGCCGAUCCUGAAGACGGCACCACCGGUGACAUCUGUCCCAUCGGUCACUACUGCCCGCGGGGUACCGACCGCCCCUUACCCUGCCUCAACGCCACCUACAUGAACGAGACGGGGGCCGGCGAGUGCCUCAUCUGCCCGGCCGGCAGCCAGUGCAUCCGCGGUGACCGGCCGGACCCCUGCCCGGCCGGCUACUACUGCCCGCGGGGCACGGGCUACGACGUCCGGCCGUGUCCCGAGGGUACCUACGGGGCCUCGGAGGGACUGACUGAGGAGGGAGACUGCAAGAGCUGUACUGGAGGCAGCUUCUGCGACACACCGGGACAAGGGACAGUGGGCGGGGAUUGCGACCCUGGAUUCUUCUGUCUUAUAGGCGUCAACGUACGCACCCCCAACGGCAUCAACAAUACCGGAGUGGGCGGUAUCUGCCAGGCCGGCUACCGGUGCCCCCAGGGCUCCUCGGCCGAGAUCCCCUGCUACGCCGGCACCUACACGGGACAGGACCAGAUGGCGGAGUGCGUCAUCUGCCCUGAAGGCAAAUACUGUGAGAAUAUCACGGUGGUUCCGUCCGACUGCCCAUCCGGCCACUACUGCCCGGCCGGCACAGAAUACAGUGACCAGUACCCAUGUCCCUUGGGCACAUACAACAACGCUACAGGCCAAGGUAACCUGACCAGCUGCAAGUACUGCCCGCCGGGCUGGUACUGCGAGUCCACUGGGCUGGUCAAUCCCUCCGGCCAGUGCGAUCCAGGAUUCUACUGCAGCGGAGGGUCGGACAAGCAGAGACCGUUUGACGAAGGAGAGCUGGUGUCCGUGCCGACUCCCGGGUACGCGUACCCCAACGACACCUGUCACCCCUUCUAUGAUUGUGUCUGCCCCUCCUUUGACAUGAGCACCGGUGGGCUGUGCGGCCCAGGCUACUACUGCCCCAGGGGUUCCCCGGCUCCUGUCAACUGCCGGGGAGGGAUGUACUGCGAGACGCCAGGCCUGGAGGAACCAACAGGCAACUGCACAGCAGGCUUCUGGUGUAACCACACCAGUGCGGUGCCUGACCAGUACGUCUGCCUGGCCGGCCACUACUGCGAGGUGGGUACAGCCGUGCCUACGCCUUGCCCCGAAGGCACCUUCAGCCGAACCGAGAUGAACACGGGACCACAGAACUGUGAGAACUGCACUGCAGGAUACUACUGUGAAGGCGAAGGGAACAGGGAGCCCGACGACAAAUGUGCGGUGGGCUACUACUGCCCCGGGGGCCAGACCAUCGGGACCCCCACGGACCUGAAGUGCCCGCGAGGCUACGCCUGCCCCGAGGGAUCAUGGGAGCCCACGCUGUGCGACAACGGGACGUACCAGGGACAGCUGGCUCAAGGGUCAUGUGACAUCUGCCCCGGCGGAUCCUACUGCGAUCCUUACGAAGUGGGGCCCGUGGUGACCCCCGCCAACUGCCCCCAGGGCUACUACUGUCCCCCUGGCACUAGAGAAGGUUCCACCAACCCCUGCCCACCAGGCACCUUUGGCGAGACCGGCGGGUACAAUGCCGUGGACGAUUGCGUGCAGUGCCCCGAGGGCUCCUACUGCGGGACGCCGGCCCUGCUGGAACCCACGGAGGAGUGCUACGCUGGGUACUAUUGCACCGGUGGCGCGUCCAGCCCGACGCCUUACGACGACAUGGUGGAUCCCGACAACAACACGACUUUCACCGGCAACGACGUCUGCCCCAUCGGCUACUACUGCCUCAACGGCACGGCCUACCCAGAGCCCUGCCCGCCGGGUACCUUCUCCACCAACACGCGGGUCACCUCGGUGGACGGCUGCGAAGACUGCCCACGAGGGCGCUAUUGCAACCUGCAGGGCUUCGUGAAAGUGGACACCGCGCCGAACUGCGCAGCAGGCUACGUGUGUACCGGAGGCAGCACCACCCCGACCCCGACCGAGGGCUCCGGCAUGGGCUACCCCUGCCCGGCAGGCCACUACUGCCCCGAGGGCACACUGGGUGAGAUAGGCUGCCCCGUGGGCACGUACCAGAGCGAGAAGGGGCAGGCUAACUGUACGCUGUGCCCCGACGGCAAGAUGUGCGACAUGGUCAACAUGACUGCUCCGUCGGACUGCCAGACAGGUCACUACUGCGUAGAGGGUGAGCCCUUACCCAUCCCCUGCCCGGCAGGAACCUUCAACAACAUCACCUCGCUGCAGAGAGAGGAAGACUGCACCGACUGCACCCCCGGCAAGUACUGCGAGGGACCAGGAAACAGCUAUCCCACCGGUCCCUGCAGUGCCGGCUAUUACUGCCAGGGCGCAGCCUUGACGGAGAUACCAGUGGCCAUCAUUGAUUAUCCCAUGAACGGUCUCUGCCCGGCAGGCUACUACUGUGAGGAAGGGACCCCUGCCCCGACACCCUGCCCGGUUGGCACAGUCCGCAGAGUUGAAGGCGGUUCCUCCGUUGGCGACUGCUCGCCCUGCCCCGGCGGUUACUACUGCGAGGACGACGGCCAGACGGAUCCCACCGGCCCCUGCGACGCCGGCUUCUACUGCCCAGCCAACGACUCCACCAUCUACCCGACCCCGGCGGCCUACGAGUGUCCUAUCGGCCACUACUGCCUGAACGGCUCGGCGGUUCCCAGCCCCUGCCCCGUGGGCACCUAUCAGCCCAACAUGAGGAGGGAUUCCUGCAUCGAUUGCCAGGCUGGAUUCUACUGUGAGAGUGCCUUGUUCCCGGAUCCCAAGCCGUGCCCUGCUUUCCACUACUGCCCAGCCGCAACAAGAUACCCCAUACCAUGUCCCAACGGCACCUUCACAUACGACACGGACGAAGGCCUGAAGGAGAAGUACGAGUGCCUGCCUUGCCUGUCUGGAAUGUACUGCCGUGGUGGUCAGCUCCAGGGCAACUGCUCGGAGGGCUACUUCUGCCUGAGCGCAAGCUUCGAAUUCACCCCCGACGGCUCCUUACCGGACGUGGACAACUUUGACGAGGCCCAGUGCCCGCCCAACACCACCUGUGCUGGGCCUUGCCCGCCGGGCCACUACUGCCCGGCGGGGAUCGAAGACCCCAAACCCUGCAAGAAUAACACCUGGCGGCCGGACGAGUUUGGGAGCAGGGUGGAGGACUGCGCGCCAUGCCCGGCCGGGAAGCAUUGCUUGGAGGGUGACCCCGUGUUGUACCCCUGCCCCCUGGGUCACUACUGUGAGGAAGGCAUUGGCCCGGUGGAGUGCCCCUUGUACCACUAUCGGGACGUCGUAAGUGCAGAGAGUCGCGAAGACUGCUUCAAAUGCAAGGCCGGCUACUACUGCAAUGAGCUUGGAAUGACCAACACCACUUACCUGCCGUGCUACGAGGGCCAUUACUGCGAGGAAGGCACCACCGAGCCCCAGCCCUGCUCCGGCGGACGCAUGAGCACCGAGACGGGCCGCGUGAGCAAUGAAGACUGCCCCCUAUGCACACCAGGCUACUACUGCCCCAACGACACCAUCAACGUGCACGGGAUACCGUGCCGACCCACCUACGAGUGUCCUGAAGGUGCAGCCAUUGAGGUCACCUGCCGGCCAGGCCACUACUGCGAGGGUGUGACUGGCGACCCCCCGAUAUGCCCCGGGGGCUACUACUGCCCCCUAGGCUCCAGCGCCUACACCCAGUGCUUCUACCCUCAGUACUGCCCCGAGGGUAGCGAGGUUCCGUUGGAGUGUCCCCUGGGUAGCCGGGCGAACAACCACGCCGGUCUGAGGAGCUCAUCGGAUAAGAGCUGCAGUCUGUGCCCAGCGGGCACGUUUGGUAAUCACACUGAGAGGUUCUGGUGCUCGGAGUGUAUAGAGGGCUACUAUUGCCCUGAAGGUACUGGUAACCCAGAGGACUACCCCUGCCCCAUCGGCUACUACUGCCCGGCCGGCUCCGGGUCACCCACCCCCUGCCCGGCAGGUCAGUACGGUAACAUCGUCAAGGCCAUCACGGUGGACCAAUGCCAGCCAUGCCAGCCCGACACCUUCAACAACAUGCUGGGCCAGAAGGCUUGUCGGCCCUGCGGCAGCUCGGCCUCCGCCCAAGAAGGGAGCUCUACCUGCGAGUGCGACGGCAAGUACCGCUCCUUCCAGACCACCAGCGGCUCCUGCGUCUGCUGGUCCGGCUACAUCUACUACAACGAGGUGGACGCGCCCGAGAGCAACAGCAACAGCGCCGGCGACUGCCAGCCCAUGGUGGACCAGCGCUGCGACCUCAGCCAGGCCCGCGACGCCAGCGGACGCGAGUGCGUGGACCCCGACACGUUCGACUGCACGCCCAUGUGCGGCAGCGACAGCGGCACGUUUGACGUGGAUCUGGGAAGGUGCACAUGUAACAAGUACACAGCACCCGAGGAGAUCUGCGAUGCCAGCUGUGAGCAGACCAAACCCACCGUGGAGGGAAGCCUGACAGCCUCGGGCCAGCUGGUGGUCACCAGCACCGCCAACGACGGAUCGGGAACUGUAGUCACAAAGCCCGUACCUAACGUGAUUGGUCCAAGCGUACACACCUCAGGAACCAAGAGCAUCCAGAUUUGCUCCUUCGAUUCCAGUGGGGCCAUGGGCCACAUCGUCAAAGACAUGUCCGACUUGGAAGAACUCAUUUUUGACACUGAUGAAGCCACCACCAUCAUAUCCACCACCCUCUCUGACUUCAACGUGACCUCAGGCAGCCGGCGUCGUCUCCUCCAAUCCGCUGGGACCGUCACAGUCCCCGGCAUCCCCAACCCCAUCAUCUGCCUGGCCCUGGAGGACAUGCUGAUCUUCCGCGUGACCCUGGACCCCGUCAACCGCACCCUCAGCAACUACCCGGUCUACCAGAAGGACCACCUCUUCAACAGUAACCCCACCUACGACUACAGCGAGUUCCGGGACCUGCGCUUCUACGUGGAGAGCACCGAGGUGGCCAUCUCCUCUUUCGCCCACGUCUUCACGGAGUCCGGCCAGUACGUCUUCGCUGACGCGCAGGAGCCCCAGUGGGAGGUCAUCGUGUCGGUCCAGCCGGCCGGCUCGGCCUGCGACACCACGCGGUCGUCCAUCCAGCCAUCCUCUCCGGCCAACCUCAACCUGCAGAGCGUCAAGAAGCAGGAGGCCAUGAACGAGGAGCCUGACUGGGGUCUCAUCAUCGGCAUGCUGGCCUUCUUGGGUGCCUGCAUCAUCAUGCUCGUCAUUGCGGUCAUUGUCUGGCGCCCUCGCAGCGCCGGCAUCUACCCGCUCAAGAUGUGGAAGCCGCGCUACCGGGCCCUGGGUGCACCCCCGCGAAUCCCGCCCUACCUGCAAUACCAAGAACACGACAAGGAGUCGCUGAUGCUGAUGGGUCCUCGUGUGGUUGAGGGCGCCGAGUCCGCUCCGCUGAAGACCGGUGAGAAGGGGGAACUGGAGGACUUCAACGUGCGGACGCUGUUUGACAAGCUGGAGGACCAGACGCUGUAUCUGUCCCAGCAACUGGCCAGACAGCAGGAGGAUCUCAGAGGGUUCUAUGAACGGAUGUCUCAACAGACUGAUGGACUCAAGGGUCUCCUGCUCAGCCUGGACAUGUCUAAACUGGAGAAGAUCGAAAAGGAGCGGGCCAAGCGUGCGGAGCGUGAAGGGUACCAGGCUAGCGGCGACUCCACCACCAUUGUCAACACCAACAGGCAGUACAAUUUCACCGGUGCCUCCUCGCGGGAGCACGAGCUCAUGGAGGCUCUUCAGGUCCUCCUGGAGCGCCUCAACUCGGGCAAGAUCCCCCUCAGCCCCGAGAUGCUGGAACAGGCUGGACUAGCCUCAGGCCCAGGGGCCAGGCUCGGUGGUGGCAAGGGGACCAGCGCGGCCGACAACAUGCUCAGGAGGCAGAACAGCGAGAGACUGGAGCUGGACAAGGAGCUACGCAAGACAGAGGAGAAGGAGAUUGAUAGCUUGAUGACAGAACAGGACAAGAAGCGCCAGCAACUCAUCUCAGACCUGUCAGCCAAGCUGGCCGGCAAGCUGGAAGGCGCCGAGACGCAGCAGGAGAUCGACACCAUCAUGGCCGCCCACGAGAAGGAGAUGAGCCGGGCCCUGGACAAGUUUGACGCAUCCAAGCAGCGGCAGGUGGAGGAGCUGAGACGGAGGCUGGCCCAGAAGAGACAGGCCGCCGAGGCUGCCAUGAAGAGCAGGCACCAGCAGGAGGCCAGAGAGGCAGGCAUCACCCUGACCCAAGACGACAGCUCGGACGCCGCCAACGUCUUGAAGGACCAGGAGCUGGAGAUAGACGUGAUCCUGGCGGAGGAGGCCCUGGCCAGGGCCAAGGCCCAGGCCAAGCAGAACCGUGAACUGGCUUCGGAGCAGCAGCACAAGAUGUCUCAGAACCUGACCGCGGCCAUCGAAAAUCUGGCUGUGACCGGUGUCCUGACAGCUGAGUCAACCAAGGACAUCAUCCAGGAUCAGGAGGACAUGGAGAAGACACUCCAGGACAAGACAGCCAAACGACGCAAUCAGCUCACCGCCAACAUGAAGCAGAGAAUGGCCGAGAAGAGACGCAAGAAACUACGCAAGCUGAAGCAGUCGCACCAGGAACAGCUGGAUGCUUCUACGCAACAUGAUGCUGGUGACUUCCAGACGUCCAGAUUUGACGGAAAUUCACAGCCAUCACUAUUAGAUGCCGCAACGGAACAGCUGGGCGACUCGGCCGAUCCCGAGGCCAUCAAGGGGCUCCAGGAGCGACAACGCAAGGAGGUAGAGGCCCUGGAAUCCCGGCUGGAAGCAGAGGAGGCCGAGCAGCUCAAGGAGAUUGACAAGCAGGUGGAUGAGGAUUACAACAAGGAACUGAAGAAGGGUCACCGAGAUAUCCUGGAGAAUCUCUCCAAGAACCAGGAGGUCGACCAGGUGCUGCAGCAGCAGCUGAUGGACCAGCUCCGUCGCUCCAACGAGAACAUCAACUACGAGCUGGGAAUCCAGCGGGACCGGCAGGAGUCGGACCUGAACGCCAAGCUGAACGCCCGGCGGGACCGCAAGAAGAUGGAGGCCCGGCGGCUGGCCCAGGAGGAUGCGGCCAAGAGGCUGCUGGCCGAGCAGGAGAAGCAGCGGGAGAAGAUGAACGAGGGCAAGCUGGUUGAAGGCCUUCAGAGCCUGUCGCCAGCUGAUGCUGCUGAUCUGACCAUGGAAGAGCAGGCGGUCCUCCGCGAGCACCAGCGGGUCCAGGAGGAUCUGACGCAGCGACACAAGGAGGACAAGGAGCAGCUGUCGGAGAGGCUGGCCCAGGAGGCCCGGAAGAAGGGAGAGGAAGAAGCCAACAGGUUCAACCGGGAGAGGACCAAGCUGCUCAAGGAGAAGAGAAACAAGCAGGCUGCCGAGCUUGCUGCCAGGAGGGGUGACAUGUCGGAGGAUGAAGCCGGGCAGCUGCUGGCGUCUCACGCCCGCGAGCUGGAGGAGCUGGAGGACCGCCUGGAGGGCCAGCGGGCCAAGGCCCAGCUCAAGGCCCGGGAGAAGAUGGCCGAGCGCCGGCGCCGGCUCCUAGGCGAGCAGAACCACAAGCAAGGCGUGGAGAUGGCCCGGGAGCUGCUGGAGCAGAAGAAGGAACUGGCCGAGGUCAAGUCGUCCGUGGUCAAGAAGGCCGAGCAUCAGGCCAUGCUAGAAGGCAUCCAGGAGCAAGGGGCUGCCAACACGGAGAAGGUCAUCAAGGCGGUUCUAGAUAAGCGGCAAGCACAAGAGCUGCAUGAUCUGGACGCCCAGUUUGCGGCCGAGCGCCAGGUGGCCAUCGAGGGCGCCCUGACCAAACUGAACGACAAGUACCACGGCCGGCGCGAGUCCAUGCUCCAGCGCCACGAGCGGGAGCUGUCGGACCUGAGUAAGAUGGACAAUCUGUCCCCCGAGGAGGCGGAGCAACGGAAGGCCGCCCUCCUAAACCAGCAGCAGCUGGAGCUGAGCAAGCUGGAGCGGGAGAUGGCCCAGGAGAAACGGGAGAUCGAGCAAGGGGCGCUAGCCGAUUGGGAGCUGAGGUACGCCCGCAGCAAGCUGGAAAUGAAGGAGCGGCACUAUCAGGAAUAUGCUGAAGCCCUUCGGGAGCUCAGCGGUGACAAAGAUAGCCAGAUGGUGAGCGCCGAACAGGCCGCCAAGGCUGCCCAGGAGCUGGAAGAUGUCCGACAGAGACUGGAGAAGGAGAGAGAAGCCAACGAAGAGAAGCUCAAGAAAGAGACAGAAGACUUUGAAUCGGCUGAGAAGCUCCGCUUGGCCGCCGAGCUUGCCGACUUUGACAAGAAUCUGUCGGAGGAGGAGAAGAAAGAGAAGGAGAGGAACGAGAAACGACUGGCCGCCCUGAACAAGCGCAAAGAAGAGAUGAUCAAAGAAAAGGAACAGAAACACAAGGAGAAACUGGAGGUGCUGCAGAAGAGCGGAGCCAGCAAGGAGGAGGUGGAUCAAAUGGUGGAGGAGUAUGAGAGAGACUUGUCUAAAAUGAAGAACAGGAUGGAUGCUGACCGCGUUCGCAUGCAGAGCGACUUGGAGGAUCGUCUGAAGAAGAGACGGGAGGAGCGACGCAAGGCCAAGGAGGAGCAUCUUCUCAACCAGCAGGAGGAGAACAAGCAGGAACACGAGGAGAAGCUCCGGCAGGAGAAGGAAAAGAUGAGAGCCGAGGAGGUGACCAUCUUGAAGGAGUGUGUGGACACGGACCAUCUCCUGUCCGGCGAGCCAACUCAUGCCGGCCUUGCCUAUGAGGGCAUGCAGCAGCACGCAGCUGGGGGCUUCCCUGCGGGCUACGCCUCGGCAGCCCCACUGAGCGACGCCGACCUGGCUGCCUUACUCAUGGCUUCUCCUCUCUACAAGAAACUGGAGGAGAUCAAGAGGACCAUGGAGGAUGCCGACCUGCCGCCUAAGAAACGAGGACAAGACGAACCGUUCGUUGACGACCAAGACGCGGGCUGGACCAAAGACACGGAGCUAGUCCCCCUGGACCUGAGCAAGCUCAGCCCCCGCAACUUUGUCAUCUACAAGUUCGGCUGCUUCGUGGUGCGCCUGGUAGCCAUGCGCUGUGGUCACCACCCGGUCACCUUGCUUCUGGCCGAAGGCAUUCCCGUCAACGACAAGCUGUCCCGCAACGCGUACCGCAACUCCUACCACUACGAUGACGCCAACAGGAUCCUGUACGUCAGGCAUGCGCGGCUGGACAUGGUCGGCGACUUCAUGUUGGUACUCAUCCAUGCUCUGGCUCACAUCAAAACUGGUGACAUGCGUGAUGACACUUCGUCGGGCUUCAACCGGGAGUUCCACCAGGCGCUCUCGGCCGUCUGCAACGACCUCUUCUUCGCCCGCUACCGUCACGCGGCCAACCUCCCCACCCCAGGGGACAACAGCCCGGAGGCAGCCGGGAGUGGCCAGAAGGUCCUGGCUGCCCUGAUGGGCGGAGCCGAGACGGAGGCGGAGAGGGAUGAGACGAUCGAGAAACUCUUGGACGUCAAGUUGCUGAGAGGAACCGAUGCUGACGGGGUGCAUAUGGCCGAUGAGGACCUCCAUAAGAGAUUGUCCAAGUACGGCGGCUUCGCAGCCAACGAGGAGAUGCGCGUCCUCCUGGGCUCACCGGAGGACAAGAUGGCCCUAGCGCGGCAACACGGCGCCCACACUGCGGUGGACAGCCGCCUUGCCACCCUGACAGGAGCCCCGGCCCCGUCAACCAAGGCCGGCCCCACGGCAGCCACGCUGGCCCAGAAGGCCAUGGAGCAACUGCCUGGAGAGCUGAGUGGUACCGCGCUGUGGCAGACCGUCGCUGAACCAAGAGGGGAGAGGAUGGCCCAGGAAUCAUCCAAGAAGACCUCCAAGGGACAGGACCUGCAGAAGAACAUCCUACAGGAUGAGGUGAACUCCUUAGAGGACAAGGUGGACGGCAUGAGCAUGGAGUUCUCUGCCCUCAGCACCCAGGUGGUGGAGACGCAGGAAGCCAUGGAGUCCAUGUCCCAGGAGCUUGAGGCCCAGAAGGCACUGAGGGAAGGCCAGUAUGACGAGUCAGAGCCGGCACUGAUCCGGGAGACCACGGCCAAACUGACCGCUGCCCAGGACAGGCUGGCCUCGUUGACCAUCCGACGGGACACCAUCUCCAAGAAGCUGGACGCCUACCGGGGCCAGCUGGAGGAGAAACAACAGCAGCUGCAGUCCUACAUCCGGGGGAAAGGCAGCAAACACUGAGACGACCAUCUUUUCAAUCUUUGGAAUGUUUUCACAUAAUGACCAAGUAAUGACACAAUUGAACAAAAACUAACCUGAAAACCUGUUAGACUUGUGCAGGACUAAGUUGCCUUAUGAAAUUGUUAAAGAAUUUACUGGGAAAAUACUUUCGC